AUGGCACAAUCGGCUUCUGGCCUGGAUGAAUUCCCCUCCUGGGUGCAUGACGACGAACUUUGGAAACCACGCUUCCAGGGAGACCCUCGAUGGCAUCGCCGCGUCAUGCACCAGCUCAAACAGGUCUUAGUGCUGGAGGUUGGCCACAGACACAGGCGAUGGGGAUUCGCCAUCGUGCGCACCGCUUAUAGACCUGAAUCAGAUGAGCAGUUUCAGCACGCCCUCGCUCUUAUCGGCCGCAUAGCGCAGGUGGAGGCCAAUUCUGAGGCUGCCGUUGUCAAGGAAGACAUCGCGUGGAAGAAGAAAAACAGCUUCCAGCUUGGCCAUAUUCCCGUCGAGGUCGACACGCGUCCCAAUGACGAGAUUGUGCAUCGCUACGAAAAGGAUAUGCUGGAAGAUGAGACGCGGCUGGACAGUGCCUCGGUGGCCACGGUGCGCGAAUAUUUCAACCAAUGGGUCGCGGCCAAGGAAGGCACUUCGAUUUCCGGUGACAUGCGUUAUGCUGCUUGCAUCAUGCUGGAUGCCGAGACGCUGGCUCAACUUGCCAAGGCGCCCAGGGACUUCCCCCCGGAGGGAAGUGUUGGGUUUGGAUCGCCAUACUGGGUCAAGAUGGUCGAGGCGGAGCCCAAGCCUGAGGAUGCCUUUCUCGUGCACGUCUUUGGAGAGUAUGGGCUGGUGCAGUACUGGUUCGACCGAAAUCACAGGCGAAGGUCGGCGAUCGAGAUGACUCAUACUAAAGACCCUGAGAACCCAGGAAUUCGUUGCUUUGGUCUUCCACCAUCGAAUGCCACACUGGAUUGGGAGAGUUCAAUGCGGGCUUAA